AUGGUAGGAAGGGGCGAUAAUAGUGAGAAGCCCUAUGCUUACAUGCGUGACACUGAAAACACUAUGCUUUAUUCUCCUCUUGAUCACCAUGGAGGCAAGUUCUUAGGAAGCUGGAACAAGCUUAUCAACAUGAAAAAUAAUCUCUUAUAUGAGGAUAAGGAAAAGUAUUUCUACGAGUAUCAAGCUAGACACACUGCCAAGCUUUAAGUUGGUUCUGUUCCAGUUUGUUUUGGAAAAUGCAUAAAGGAUGUCGAGGCAACUGGAGGUCUUACUGGUGAGGAAAAGAACUGUGUACGUGAAUGCUAUCUCAAGAGAGUCAGCGCUAAGGAUGACUUGAACUUGAUGCUUCAACAGAGAUAUGCCGGAGAUUAUAUUAAGGGACUCAAGGAUAAUUAUGUCUGA